GAGUGGCACAACUGCAACGAUGUGCGGAGCAUUCAGCCAGUGUCGGUCAGUGCUGGUAACCGGGGCGAGCAGGGGCCUGGGGCUACAACUGGUCAAAGACUUGGUGAAGAAGUCUGAAAGGCCGGCUGUGAUUAUCGCGACUGCCCGUGACCCAGCGGCUGCAGAGGAACUUCAGAGGGUUGUUAAAGAGCACUCCGGCAUCCAUGUCGUAACACUCGAUGUGACCAGUCAAGCCAGUAUAGAUGCUGCUGUUGAGGAGGUGUCACCUUUGGUGGGGGCAGAGGGGCUGAACUGCCUUAUAAACAAUGCAGCCGUUGGCGGGUCCAUCAACCUCAAGACGGUGACAGCUGAAGAGAUGCUGAAGACAUAUGAAAGUAACACUGUGGCCCCUCUCAUGGUCACUAAGGCCUUUUUGCCGCUUCUGCGAGCAGCUGCGACACGUGGCUCUGGAAUGGGGAUCCACAGAGCUGCUGUGAUCAACAUGUCCUCCAUUCUUGCUUCCAUUCAGCUAAACUCUGGAGCUUUGGCGGAAUUCAAGUGUUAUCCAUACAGGGCCUCCAAGGCAGCCUUGAACAUGGUGACGAGGUGUCUAGCCGUAGAUCUGGAGUCGGAGGGAAUUCUCUGCGUGGCCGUUCACCCGGGCUGGGUGCGCACUGACAUGGGGGGCCCACGGGGUGAACUGAGUGUGGAGGAGAGUGUUUCCUCAAUCCUGAGUGCGCUUGCUGGAUUGUCUGAAAAGGAUCACGGGGGAUAUCUGGACUAUGCAGGGAAAACACUCCCUUGGUGAUAUUUCCUUUGGGAAUAUAUUGUGUGCAUCCUCUGUAUUGCUAUCUGGCUGUGAAUGUCCAAUUCUGAAAUAAAUGAAACUGGCUAGAUAUUCAUUGACUUCUGGUAUUUAUACUUUCUAAAUACUGCGAAAAACAUGGUAAAGCCAUGGUCCAUGAGGCAGCACUGUUAACUAGCUUUCUUGAUGGUUUAACCUCUCCAGCUAACAGGGAACUUUCCCAGAACGUGAGGUAACGUUCUGUGAAGGAACGCUCAAAGUUGGCAGAGAAUAUAAUGCAAAUUUCCACGUUUCUUUAUGUUUCAAUGAAGAUUCUGUCAAUGUUAGCACAACUAUUUCCUCAACACCCUUUUAACGUGGUUAAUGUUGAAAUGGCUUUAUUAAACACUGCCUUGGUGAUAUUUCCUUUGGGAAUAUUCUGUGUGCAUCCUAAAGUCCUCUUUAUUGUAACCUGGCUGUAAUCGUCUAAUUCUGAAAUAAAUUAAACUAGCGAAA